UGAUUAGAAUUCAAAAAACAACACAACGUUUGUCUGUCGGUGGCACAAGUCUGUUUUAACAAGUAACGGCUAAAGUUGAAUUGAACGCUGUACUGGAAUUGAAUUGAAUCAAAGCACAAGGCCUAGCGACACGAAGUUCUGAAAAAGUUUUGGCUCAAAAUGGCAUCCGGAGGUCUGACAUGUGUCAAGUACAUAACAUUCUUUUGCAACCUUUUGUUUGCCCUGACUGGAUUGCUCAUCUUCCUAGUCGGUGGCAUGGUCCAGUUGAACUAUGCUCAUUAUUCGAACUUUGUAAGCGAUCACAUUUGGACUGCGCCAAUCAUACUGAUGAUUGUCGGCGCCGCUGUGGCCAUCAUAUGUUUCCUCGGCUGCUGUGGAGCACUGAAAGAGAGCAGUUGCAUGAUUCUUAGCUUUGCCAUUCUGGCCGUGGUGAUCUUCCUUUUCGAAAUUGGCCUCAGCAUUGCCGGCUACAUCAAGCAUUCGGAUCUGCCCCACCUGAUGGAAACCCAAUACAACAUGACAAUGAAGCAUUAUAAAGAACGAGAAGAUUAUCGUGAUGCCUGGACCUUGCUGCAAACAGAGUUGGAUUGCUGUGGCACCUACGGUCCCAACGAUUGGGAGACCAUCUUUCCGAACAAGACUUUGCCAGCCGCUUGCUGCACCAUCAUUAACUUGAACGAGGCCAAGGAGUGCACCGUGGUCCAUGCCGCUCAAGAGGGCUGUCUGAAGAGGCUGUUGAGUAUUUUGGAUUCGAAGACCUUAAUAUUGGCUGGAGUAGUCUUGGCAGUAGCGGGUAUUCAGCUGCUUACCAUACUCUUCGCCUGUUGCUUGUAUCGGUCGUUUCGCCGAAGCUACGAUCACGUUUAGGACUCGAAGCGAUGAUCCCGUGUGUCGACUUUAAUGAAUUUUUGUAGUUUGUAGAUUUGUCGUAUGCAUACGAAAUAUCGUUGUCGUCUAAGUAAAAGAACAAACCAUGUACACAUUAUUACACACUUAUAACGAAUAACUUAUAAACUCAACAUUGAUAUCCCUAGCAAAGUGAACUGAGGAUCAACAUCUCAAACAUUUAACAUAGCUCAUUUACCACUAUCGUUCCCAAUAUUAUUAUAAAUUGUAUUUAGUUUUACAACAUUCCCUAGGCACAUUCCCCAAAUCGUACAUGUACGAUACAUAUUCAUGAACAUGCCAUCAAUUUGUCUUUUUUUGUUGAUGUUCUCGUCACGCCCACUUGCCAAUAGUAGCUCUCAUACUCACCCUCAUAUACGUACGUAAAACCAAACAGGUUAUCAACCUCAUCCAGAUUUCAUAAAUUCCACAAAAGCGUGCAAGUGUCCUUGUAACAACUUUUAUAAGCAUUUAGAAUUUAUACAUGAAUGUAUACAUUAACUUGUAGUAUGUGUAACCCUAGCUGAACCAAAAACCAAAACAUAUCCCACCAUUAUAUAUUCGUUUUUAAAGAAGCUAUAUUAUUAUCCUUUUAUAUUGUAUAUCAUGUAAACCCAAAAAUAUUUGUUAUCGCCACACAAGCAAUCUGUACACAAUUUAAAAACCAUUGAAGAUUGAUAUUACCAGUUGUUUUCACAAGCAAUACACUGCAAAGAGGCAAAUGAAUACUUGGAACCGAAUCCAAAAACUGUUUCAAAGUCGAAUUUACAAUUUUGAAUCGAACAAUUUACAAAUAUUAUAGAUAUCGUAUUGUAUGUAUCUUGAGGCUUUAACUAAUGCGAUUUUAUGGACGAUCACAAAUAUAAAUUAACAAUUAAUCAAUGUGUUACACAACAAGCAUAAAGUAAAUCCAAAAUUGUCGUAACAAAUUAAGCAAGUAAUUAUAUAAACAUUUGUGCAUUUUUUGUAUUAAAUAAACAAUUUUAAAUCAGA